AUGGAGAAAAUUCUGGUGACCUUACUUGAGAAGUUUGAAGCCAAGAUAUUUGCUUUGGAGGAGUCUAGAGACCUUGCAGACAUCUCAUUGGUAGAUCUUUUAAAUGCUCCGCAGGAGCAAGAGCAAAAGAGACAAAUUGGAGGGGAUGGAUCUAUGGGCCAUGUGGAAAGAAUUUGCAAGAGCAAAAGCAACCAGCAGGAGGAUGAGGCUAAGGCUGUGGUUCAAGAAGAAGAAGAAGAGCAACUGUUUAUUUUAUCCUAUUAUGCAAUCAAAGUCGGCAAUAGAAAGUAUGUUGAAGUUAAAGGUCGAGGGACUAUAGCUAUUGAAAGUGUUAUAGGUAGUAAACUUAUCAAUGAUGUUUUAUAUGUACCUAAGAUUGACCAAAAUUUGCUAAGUUUUGGACAACUUCUUGAGAAGUGGUUUAAGGUGUUUUUCGAGAACAAGAGGUGUAUCAUUAAAGAUGCUGAGGAUCAGGAAGUGUUUACUAUAAAGAUGAGAGGCAAUUACUUUUCACUAGAUCUCAUGGAAGAGGAACGAGCUGCAUAUCAAAUUUCAUUAAACAAUGUCGUGACAUGGCAUAAGAGAUUAGGCCAUUUUCACCAUCAAGCACUCUUGUUUAUGCAGAAGCAUGAGUUGCUACAAGGCCUUCCUCCACUGGAAGAUCACUUACCAAGCUGCAAAGCUUGUCAAUAUGGCAAGCAAAAUAGGUUGCCAUUCCCUCAAAAAUCUUGGAGAGCCUCACAGAAGUUGCAACUUAUGCAUACUAACCUUAGAGGACCACUAAAGACUUCAUCACUUAAAGGAAGCAGGUUCAAGUCUGAAGUGGCUGAAGUGUCUAGAGAUAUAAGGCUUUUGUGGAGAACCAAAGAAGAGAUUUAUGUUGAGCAACCAGAGGGAUUUGUGGUGAAAGGUCAUGAGGACAAGGUGUAUCUACUAAGGAAGGCUUUGUAUGGUCUUAAACAGGCACCAAGAGUCUGGUAUAGCAGAAUUAAUGAUCACUUGUUAAGCCUAGGCUUUGAUAAGAUCCUUAGUGAAGCCACUUUAUAUGUGAGAAAGGUGGAUUCUGACUUAAUUAUUAUAUCUAUUUGUGUUGAUGAUUUGCUUAUUACAAGAGGAAAUGAAGAGCAUAUUAAAGACUUCAAGGCAGAAAUGUUCAAGAGCUAUAAGGCUACAACAACUCCUAUGGUUCAGAAGGAGAAGUUUAGCAAGGAUGAUGGGUCUGACAAAGUUGAUGAAAGGUUAUAUCAAAGCUUAAUAGGUUGCCUGAUGUAUCUCAUAGCAACUAGGCCUGAUAUCUUAUAUGAUGUGAGUAUGCUAUUAAGAUUUAUGCACUGUGCUAGUGAAGUGCAUCUUUAA